AUGGCGAAGCGGAAGAGGCUGGACAUCCGCGAGGAAAAGAAGAAGGCCCGGCUAGCUCUCGACGAGCAGCUCAACACGGGUGUUUUCACCAAGGACUUUGAAAACGAUGAAAUGGACUACGAGCUCCAGCCACGGACGCUAGCCCGCGCCAAUACCGUGGAAGGGUUACCGAUUAAACGGGCUGACGGGACCAUCGAACGUGUGGUGAGAGAAGCCGACGUCAAACCUGAAUCGGAUGAUGACGAUGAUGAGGACGACGAAGAUGGCGAAGGCGAUGAAGGCGCUAACGGUGAAGAAGAAGACGGCGAAGCUGAUGGCGAGAGUGCUAACGAAGAAGACGAAGAGGAAGACGAUUUAUCUCCGACCCAAAGACUCGUGAUGCUCAAAGAGGAAAUUGCUGAUUUGGCGGGGAAACUCAUGGAAGACCCCGAAGAGAACUUAGCUGCCCUCACUCGUCUCAACCGUAUGGCCACCUCCAAGAACCCUGUUACUGCCCAGUUGGCGGUGCUUGCUUUGGUGCCGAUAUACAAGUCGCUUGCCCCUGGCUACCGUAUCCGUCAACUUUCUGAAAUGGAACAGAAAGAGAGAGUUUCGAAGGAAGUGGCUCGUCUCCGUGCUUUCGAACAAAACCUCGUCAGUAACUACCAGAAAUACCUCGACUUGCUCCAAAAGCUCGUCAGACUGAAGGAUAACGUCCACAUUGCCCGGGUGGCCGGCAAAGCUGCCUGUGAGUUGGCUGGCUCGCUUCGCCACUUCAACUUCCAUCGCCAGCUCAUUGAGAUUGUUGUCGGUCGUCUCCGAAAUCGGCCCGCUAACCCUGAGGAUUUGGCCGUGUACACUCGCUCGGUCGAAGUGUUGGAGCUGUUGCUUGAAGACGACGUCGACGGUGCUGUGACUGUAGACGUGGUGACGGUACUUUCACGGGUUAUCAAACUCCUGUACAGAGUUGAUGAACUGGCACUCAAUGUUCUCCUCCAUCUCCAGCUUUUGAGAGACUACAACCCUGAGGCCACGGUGCUGGCGAAACGGAAACACAUGGUGCAGAAGAAGGAUAGAGUCCACUUGCUGAAAAAGCAACGGAAGGCGAGAAAGGAGAUGAUUGAAAUCGAGGAAGAGAUGAGCAAAGCCAAGCAGGAAGUCACCGCCGAGGAACGCGAGCGUAACCAGGCCCAGGUGUUGCAAGCCGUGCUCAAGCUCUACUUACAAAUCCUUAAAGCUGGCAUCCACGAAGGCAACCGCAAUGCCCGUAACUUAUUUGGCUCGGUGCUUGAAGGGCUCGCUAAGUUUGGUCGCAUGGCCAAUUUCGAUUUAUUGGGUGAUUUCUUUGAGGUACUUAAAGAGAUCAUGGGCGAUAUGACCCUGGGAGAAGAAGAAGUUGACGUCAGACUCUUGCUUUUGUGUGCCGCCACCUGCUUCACACUUUUGCUCAACCACGCCGAUGUCGGUAAGGUUGCCAUCGACAUGCUGUCGGUGGUGCAAGUGGUGUACCAGCUGCUUGACGCCAUUGGCUUAGACGCUGACAUCGAGUACUCGCACAAGACGCUCAGAUUGGCGGAUCCGUUAACCCUGGAUAAGCCCACCGUCAAUGUAUCCACUACAGCUGAGCUUUUGUUGCGGACACUCGAUGCCACGUUUUUCAAGCUGAGAAAUGGUACUCCUGUGCGGGCAUUAGCAUUCACCAAGCGGCUCUACAUGGAGCUGCUCCACUUACCAGAGAAGCUGGCGCUUGCCGUGCUCAAAUUCAUCGGUAAGCUCAUGGCUCGUUUCCCCGGGAUCGGAGCCCUUUACUCCACCGAGGAGCUGCUGGGUGAGGGCAACUAUAUUUUGGGCAUUGAGUCCAAUCUCCGCUCGGAAGUGGUGGAGGUGGCCCGCUCCCAGCCCGAGGCAGCGACGUUGUGGGAAAACGUGUUGCUCGACAAGCAUUACAACCCCCAGGUGCGCGACGGGCUGAGGCUGUUGAUGAAGCAGCUGAAGGAAACCAACAAGUAA